UCUGAAAUGAAAUGAAAACAGUUCAUCUAUAGUAUGGCCGAUCUACUUACAAGGCCAAUGUCUGUUCAUUUCUAUCACAGAUUUCUGAAGGGACUGACACAUGAAAAAUUACUCCAUGCAGUUGAACAAACAAUUAGCAGAGAAAAAAUCAAGUCAAUACAGAUAUUGGACAAGACAAGUGUUGUUACAGUGAAGGACGAGAAUUCAAAAACAACACUCUUGACAGAGAGUAUAGUAAUAGACUUUCAAACUGUCAGAUUUACAAGUGUUGAAAAAAACAUUACCAAUGUCACAAUUAAGGAUGCUCCAGUUGAAAUGUCUGAUGAAUUCAUAAACACACAAAUGAUUCGGUUUGGAGAUGUGAUGAAUGGAUCUUUAAAAAGGGGCAAAAUCAAAGGAACGGACAUCGAAAACGGUACUAGAUAUAUAGCAAUUGUCAAUUGUAUCUCUACCCUACCUUUGACCACUAACUUCGGAAGAUUUCCAGUCAGGCUAUUUGGUGAUAACAACCGAACACCUUGUUUCCGAUGUGGCCAAACUGACCACCCCUCAUACCGUUGUCAAAAUAGGAGAGAGCCCAUUAGAAAAUGUCAUCGAUGUGUAAGCCUCGAUCACAUGAUAAGAGACUGUACGGCAACAGACGAGAGAAAAUGUCAUUUUUGUAAUGAACCAGGUCACUUGCAGCGUGACUGCACAAAAAAGCAACGCCUUGAUAUGUAUGGCGAAUAUGCUGACGAAAUAGAUGACACUAAUACGUCCGCAUGUGACUCAGCGGUACAGCAAUUACAACAACCCAACGAAAGCGACGUAAACAAACCAACAUGUGCGCGUGAGAAUAAUGAAACACCACCCGAGACUCAGAAUGACGGCCAGGAAGCGUCUAGUGAGGACCCCAUAACACAUGUAAAUACCGUGAUAUUGGGCGCUUCAAACGCGAAUCGGAUGGAAAUUAAUGACGACAAUAUUUUGAACGCGUCAAUCAAUGGGGCGUCAUACUGUGAAAUUGACAGACUAAUCGAUAAAGCUAAAAAUAUGACAAAUGAAACAAUCGAAAAAGUGGUAGUGAAUCUUGGCACUAACGACAUUAUGUCGACAAAGAAUGACACUGAUCAAGUGACGAUCAAAAUUAUUGAAGCGCUUAAAAAAGUGGAAAACUCGUUUCCGGCUUCAUCUAUCGGACUAUGUUCCAUCAUAAAGAGAAAAGCGAAAGGUACAAGACCACAAGCAUUUAAUGACGCUGCAGUGAAAAUAAACAGUCUCAUCAAAAAGCUAUGUGACAGCAGAGAUAACCUCACAUUCGUCGACUGUUAUGAUAUCAUGACAAGGGACACAAACCCCAUAGGUGCGUACUAUGACAAACACGACACGUCAGGUGUACAUGUAAACAGUACUGGUGCGAGAAAACUAUUGGGAAUCAUGCAAGACUUCAUGCGUACUAGCAGUAAAGUUGUAAGUAACGGUGAAGACAUGCAAACACCUACGAACAGCAGAAAAAGAUACUUAAGUGACAAAUAUACGCCUCCAGAGGCAAAAGUAAACACCAAAACACAAAAGAUCUGA